AUUUACCACGCUGUCUAUUGCUUUACAUAAAACAUCAUGCUGCGUUGUGCACGCCUGUGUUGUUAUGCAUGAAAUACUUGCUAAAUGAGUCAUAAAUCUGGGUUCCAAUGUAUCAAAAUCCAUUUAGACGCUAACUGUGUUCCUUGUGAGCAAUCGGCAGCUGCACUCCCUCUCAGCUUUGGUGCGUCGAGGCAGGUCUGUUUGUUGUUGUCAUCUCAUUUGUACAUGGCAGAUCUCAUACUCCUGAUGAGGGACUUCUGGGUAAAUUAGCCUGUUAUAACUACUGCUUCAGCGGGAUCUCUGAGCCCCGCAUGUGGCGUGUGAUAAGCCGCUAGCAGGCAUGGACAGGGAGGAGCCACCCACCCCAGCCAAGCUCAUGCUGUCUCAUGCUGGAGCUGCAUGUGAGCUGCUUAGCCUGACGGACGAGGAGCAGAUAGGGAUCAGACGCGAUGGAAAGCCUGCAGGAGACGAUGACACAGCAUGUAAAUGAACUUAGGCCAAGCCUGCAUCCAGAUCCAUGAUAAAAGUAAAGCGGGCCUUUCUUUGGAACACCUGCAUGUAACAUGUAAAUAAUUAGAUGUGAGGUUAAUUUUUAAUAAGAUAUUCCUGGAAGUCUUAUUGAAAUAUUUCUCAGAAGACUUUUGCAAUCCAUUUGUCUUGGUUAGGCAUCACAUUUUAAUGAUUAUUUUUUUGCCCUAGACUAUUUAGAUCAGGGCCCCCCAGGUCUGGUCCUGGAGGGCCAGGUCUGCAACGCAGGUUGUAGAUUCUCCUGCUCAAACACACCUUAUUCAGCCCACCAGCCAGGUGUGUUUGAGCAGGGAAAUCUGCAAACUGUGUCAUAGACUGGCUCUCUUUGACCGGAAUGGGGGAAUCCCAGUUCAAAGUCUAGUGAUGGGGCCAGAUGAUACCUCAGAAAGAGUGGCUGUCCUCUCCGGCAGGGCUGGGAAGGGUGGACACCUGGUGUGUCUGUGAUGUGACACUACUGUCUCAGCCAAGAUGGCAUCGCAGCCCCCCCCUCCCGCCAUCUGCAUCGGCAGUGAUGGAGAUCUCUGGCUUACGGGGGCAUUAGUUGCAUUAAUGGGGCCGUGACCUCUCUGCUGUUCGAGCCACAUCACCAAGGACACUUCCCUGUUUCAGCAGCAUGCUCAGUGUGUCCAACAAGCUCGUGGAAAGACCUUUUGAUUGCAUUUCCCCCAAAUAAAUCAUUAAUUAUCCUUGUAAUUUCGUCCACAUAAUAACAUUGCUGUGACUGUUGAUUUUCUUUUUUUAUUGUAUGUCCAAGAGUUGCGUAAACAAAUCCUUCUGCCAUGUAAAUCUGUGGCAUUAGCAAAGGAGUGAAAAUAAUGGCAAAAAUAAGGACAGUUUUUGCUGUAAACUCUUUGGGCUGCAUGUCUGAACAAUGGCCGCAUUGUCUGUGACAGAGGAGCCUGGUUUCAAGUAGAUGUAACACUGUGUUUGUGUGUGUGUGUGUGUAUUUAUGCAAACGGUGCCCGUAGGCACUGUGUGAAAGGUAAAUCCUUUCUUUGCCCCAAAAUGAGGAAGGAGACUUUUUCUGGUGGAACUGAGACGAAGGUAGAGGAUAUUUUGGAUUGGGUCUCAUACCUUAAACAAGCUCAGUGUGAACUCAAAUCUGCAUCUCUCACUGCAGACAGAAAACGGAUGAAUCACAUGGCUGAAGUUCCCCAACUGUCAGUAUUUAUGUCUGUCCAGCACGUGUUUGGCAGCCUGCAGCUGCGGGAUUGGUGGAGGCUGGGUCCGGGGGGAGGGGCCACGCUCUGCGGGACCUGCUCCUUCUCCUCAGAGGGGCAGUGCCGGCCAUCGCCUGCUGUAUCUCUCUAAAUAGCCCCCAGUGACACCGAAGCCACAGAGGGGGGGGCUGAGCUGGCAGCCGUAAGACUGCAUUCAUGAGCUGUGGCUUCUGCCUCGCUAGAUUAGAUCUUUCUUUUAGGAGCGUAGAGCUAAACUGGCCAGUGCUGUGCUUCUCGGUGACUGGUCCGUCUGCUGCACGUGUGUUGGGUCAUCGUUGCUUUUCUGGGUGACGUUCAAGGUGCAUUUAAAGCAGGUUUUUAUAUGACUUGUAUUGGUAUUAAUGUCUUUUCUUCUCAGUCUCUUGUCUUCAAAUAAUAUGCAUAUCUACUUUAAUAUAAUAAGUAAAUUCGGCACACCGUGAGUGGCCGUGUCUGUUUCCCUUUGUGUGCUCCUCAUCCCUAGACUCAUUAUCUGACGCACAUUAAUAUGUAAAUGAUAGCGGAGCCCUCUCUGAAUAUUCAUACAUUCAGGCGGUACUGCCCCCGGCCCGUUCCUGUGCCGUGAUGAUUUCUCCGUUUCGUUAUCGCUCCUGGUCGUGACUCGCCGUUACGGCGGUCGUCCCCCCCGAAGCUCUGGAACAUUCCACUCGGCUACGUUGAGAUUAGAUCAGUGUAAAUGAACUGCGGCGAGACCCUCCAGCUGCCAUCUCUGCUGGAGGCUCCUCGUUCUUCCAACUGGAUGUUCGUUUUGUUGGUUAUUGAAGAUGUUGAUGCUUUAAGGCUGUGUUAUUUUCUUUUAUUUUAUUAAAACAACAAUAAAGUGGCCUUUGUGUCUCCCUUGGGUGUUUGCGUUUUGGGAGUGAAUGCUCACACGCAGAAACACGUGUACUUUUGGUGAAUUCUGUUUUUAUCCAAAAUUAAGUCAUUUACCUUUGACACAUUUCGGCAAUAUCACCGGCGUCCUGGCAGCAGGACACUGAGACUGGAACUGUUGUUGGAGCCUCUCUGCUGCCAUUGGCCCCUCCCCCCCCCAUAUCGACAGCUGCCUUGUGCACAUGCUCAGAGCGUGCAGGAGAGCAGCCCUCAAACAAAGGCGAGGUGUACCUUGCUCCUGUCCCAAGAUGGUGAAACAGCGUGAGCCAGCAGGCCUUGCCUUACAGGGCCGACAGACAGCAACAAUGGCUGCGAUGUGUCGUUUGGCUUCCUUACCCCAGAGGGCAAAAAAAAAAUCUGUCCAGAAGCCUUAUUUUCCUUUAGCCUAACAUAGCAGAGCUUGGAAGUAUAGGAGACACGUUUAUCUCUAGUUGCAGGUCAAGUGGGAGUGAGAAGCCACCUCACAAACAGAAAGUCUGAGCCUCUAGCUGGGCUGCUGCUGUGCAGAAAGCUCUCUGCUGCUGUCGUGUGGUGGGCUUCUCAUUCUGCAACGAGCUGGUCAUUUUACUGGUGAUGUUACAGUUGAGCAGUGACAGGGGUCUCCCGCACAUGUCAGAACAGUCGCUACACGCAUGAGGAGACGCACAUUCUCCUUACAAAUCCGAAGUGUCCCGGAGAUGCCCGGUCCACUCUCCUGGGGACGGCUGUGCCCUCUGUGUCACUGAUGUGGCACUCAGCGGCCAUGUGACGCAGCUGGGAGCCCAUUCACGGCCUGUGAGAUGGCGGACUGCUGAUGGGAAUCGAGAGAACCAAGUUUGCCUGAGGAGUACUUUGAGUAUGACGCGGAGGAGUUUCUGGUCUUCCUCGCUUUGCUCAUCGUAGAGGGCCGCACACCGGAAUGUUCCAUGAAGGGCCGCACGGAGGGGCCCCACUGCCCCCCAGCGCAGCCUGCACAGCCUCUCCCCACCAAGCACGAGUGCAGUGACAAACUGCCGCAGUGUUGUCAAGCUAAGAAGACGCAGUCGGAGGUGGUGAUCCUCUGGAGGGACAAGCUGCCCAUCAUGAUCGAGGUCAUGCUGCUUCCUGACUGCUGCUACAGCAGUGAGGCUCCUGGCACCGACUUGGACGACCCAAUUGUUCAACAGGACGCGCUGCUGCUGGAGCGAUGGACCCUGCAGCCAGUGCCCAGGCAGAGCGGCGACCGUUUCAUCGAGGAGAAGACCUUGCUCCUGGCCGUCCGCUCCUACGUGUUCUUCUCCCAGCUGAGUGCUUGGCUCAGCGCAUCCCACGGACUCGUUCCCAAGAACAUCCUGUACAGGGUUAGUUCGGCUGAGGAGCGGCUGCUUUGGAGAUUUUCCCAGCCACCAGCCGAGCACGCCUUCCCGGUGCCCAACGUGUCACACAGCGUGGCCUUGAGAGUGUGCGUGCAGUCAUUGCCUCGGCAGCCCAACUACCCGGCUCUUACCUGCAGCGUCCAUAGUAGCCUGGCCCUGCAGACCACGAGAAGCCGGGACUGGAGGCACAGGUCUGCUCCUGGUGCCGAGCAGCUUCAGCCCCAGGGAUCUCCGCCGCUCUUCAAGUGCACCAUAAGCUCCAGGAAAUACCCGCCCUCUGAGGCCCAGCCUCCAGGCAAGAUACUAAAACAGGUCCAUUCCAAGCUGAACAGCACCCCGGACACUGACCCUGCAGAGGGCUGUCAGAUCUCAUCAGAUAGUACAGAAAACUUAAAGGCACCAGCUCCCGACGAUCUCACUAGGGCAUUCAAAUCCCUCUACUUGGCAGAUCUACUGGGUACUCCAAGUUCAGGCUGCAGGUCACACCCCCCUGAGCAUCCCAGCUCUUUGAUUGGCUCACUGCUUCAUGAACGACAGCAAGUCAUCACUCGUAUUGCCCAGCGUUUACAUUACUGUGAUCCCUUAGCCACCCGCAUCCCCGGUACCAUGUCCGAAAGCUGUGAGGCACAUCUUCUCAAACUCCCAUGGGGCUCCUCGUUCCUCUUUGGCCCACAGCAUGGUACCGUGGCAGAUGGCAGAAGGAGCUGGUCCUCUCCCUCCGACACUCCCAGCAAUCAGCUUAGCAGAGCCAAAAUGGAUGCCAAGUCAAGACCUUCAAGCAAACCAGCAGCCUGCAGGAAGCUGCUCCUGCACCCCCCUGCAGACAGCUCUGGGAAUGCGGGGGCCACAGAGGACUCCUGGCUGGUCCCAGACCUCCUGUGGUAUGCACACAACAGGUGUAGUCAAAGCUUCAAGGAAGACACGUCUCCAUCUGCACACAAAUCUUGGGGUGAUCGCUGUCUUCAAGAGUGCACCGGUGAGGUUCCAUUCUCAGCCAUUACAGACUCCCCCAUCGCCAACAGCCCAGAAUCUUCUAUUUGCACAGAACUAGAAGCCAAGAGGGCAAAAGCUCCCCGUGGCUUCGAUCGAGACCCUUCCUCCAGACCUCAGGAUGUAGCCCGUGUCAGACUUGAAAAGCCAACGGCACCAGCAGACUCAGUCCCUUUAGGCUCUGAUGGUUUACAGACUGUCAAGACGGGUCCUCAGGACUCUCCUGAUUGUGGGCAGAGAGCAGGAAGUCCUGAGGGCUCAAGGGGCCUCCAAGGUCACAUGACAAUGACAGACGCCACAGUCCUGUAUCAAGACACUGUCGAUUCCAAACCUCGAACCCAGGGAAACCUGCCGCUUAACAGCCAUGGGCAGAACGAGAACCAGGACCAGACUAUCCCUAACCAAAGAGCCUGUGGCCAGGACCAGCAGAUCGGGCCUGACAGAACCCAGAAUGGACCUGUUCUGUCUCCCUUGAAGUUGUGCAACAUUUGGAACAAGGAGAACCAUCCCUACAUAGACGGAACAGCAACCAGAGCCUUCCACCCGAGCACUGGGCUUCCACUGGUCUCUAGUCCGGUUCCUCAGAGGAGAGGUCAGGCUGGGGGCUUUGACCUGGACACCUCCAUGGCUCACUGCAAGGGUCUGCGUUGGUUGUCCAGUAGAAGAGAGUGCCUGAGGCGACAGCACAGCGGAGGAAACUCGGAACAACGGGUGUUCAGCACCAGCGCCCCCCCGGCCAGCCUCAGCCUCCUGGGGAACUUUGAGGAGUGUGUGCUGAAUCACCGGCUGCAGCCCCUGGGGACGGUGAAGGGCUUUACGGCUGAGGUGGGAGCCAGUGGGACGUUCUGCCCCAGUCACAUGACCUUGCCCGUGGAAGUGUCCUUCUACAGCGUCUCUGAUGACAAUGCGCCUUCCCCCUACAUGGGUGUUAUAAAGUUGGAGUCCCUUGGUAAAAGGGGCUAUCGGGUGCCUCCAUCAGGGACAAUACAAGUGACCUUAUUCAAUCCAAACAAGACGGUGGUGAAGAUGUUCGUGGUUGUGUACGACCUGAGGAAGAUGCCGGCCUGCCACCAGACGUUCCUGAGACAGCGGACUUUCUCUGUGCCCAUAAAGCGGGAGCCGUGUGGCUAUGUGAGCAGGAAGCCCCUCCCUUUCCCCCCGAGGCCGCAGCGGACCCUGCGCUACCUCGUCCACCUGAGGUUUCAGAGCUCCAAAUCCGGAAAGAUCUACCUCUACAGAGACAUUCGACUCCUCUUCUCCCGUAAGUCCAUGGAGGUGGACAGCGGCGCGGCCUACGAGCUGAAGUCCUUCACCGAAUCCCCCGCCUUCUCCCCUAGAUGCUAAGCUGGCAGCAUCUCCCAUGGGGCCCAAACAGGCGCUUUCCUCGUUAACCCCUCAGAUAAUGAGAAAAUGCUAGUCUCAGUUUGACUUCUGGGUGCAGCUCACCGCUAGCGAACAAAGAAUUUAAUUCCUUAACAGAAAAAGGAUUGAAGUUGAAGGUUUCCUGUCCGGCCACACUUUUCAAUGUGAGCUGUUGCACACCACGCAUCAGAGCAGGAGAUCUGACCGCAGACGUAACAUGCGGUCGAGCUGGGGGGAAAAACUACUAGCAUUGUGUUUACAUGGUUUUGUCAUUUAUUUAAUAUUUAAUUUGAUAUUUAAUGUUUGUCACAUGUAAUGUCUGUUUUAGUAAAUAUAAUGAUGUAGUACUGCAAUAUAUCCAGAUCAUACAAUGUAUUUUUGAUGUUGAUAUUCAGAUCUGAAUGAUAUGAACCUAUAAAAUAGUCUUUAAUCAUU